AUGUCCGAAGCUGAUAGCCUUGUUAUCUCGCAGGAUCCUUCGCAUCCUGCCAACUUGAUACCGGAACUGUGUAGACUAUUCUACAACAUCGGUUGGGUAACGGGAACUGGAGGUGGCAUUUGCAUACGUGACAAUGACAAAGUAUAUAUCGCUCCAUCGGGCGUGCAAAAAGAACGUAUAGAGCCGACGCACAUCUUCGUGUUGCCAUACCCUCAAGUACAAUCACCGUCGCCGCACACCGAUCGUGUCUUUCUGCGUCGACCAGCCUUGGACUUGAAGGAGUCCGCUUGCACGCCACUAUUCUGGAAUUCCUUCGAUUUGAGGAAUGCAGGAAGUUGCAUCCAUACUCAUUCUCAGCAUGCGGUGAUGGCCACCUUGCUAUGGCAGGGGCCAGUCUUCACGAUAUCUCAUCAGGAGAUGAUUAAAGGGGUGAGGAUAGGUGGCGUCGGAAAGGCACUCUCGUAUCUUGAUACUCUCGUGAUUCCUAUCAUCGAGAAUACUCCGAAUGAAGAGGAUUUAAAGGAUAGCAUGGCCGCUGCCAUGGAGGAAUAUCCCGAUGCAGCAGGUGUACUCGUCCGUCGCCAUGGCGUGUAUGUAUGGGGCCUGGAUUGGCAAAAGGCCAAAACUCAGACAGAAUGCCUUGAUUAUUUGUUUGAGAUUGGAGUCAAGAUGAAGCUAGCUGGUCUACCUACCAUUCUGGAAAGGCAGAAAGGAAACCAAGCAACUUAA